CAGACGUGUUACAACAUUGACACUUGCUAUAUGGUUUAUUGCUGCAGCAGCAGUUGCUCUACAAUCAACACUUAAACUUGGUCCUGAUUUUUGUGGUCGUCGUUUUCAUGAUAUAUAGAAAAUGGAUCCUGAAUUUUUGGCAAAUUUAAUACCACAAACAAAGGAACAAAUACGUCCAGCUUGUAAAAAAUGUGGCUAUGCUGGUCAUUUAACAUAUCAAUGUAGAAAUUUUUUAAAAGUUGAUCCAAAUAAAGAUAUUGUUUUGGAUGUAUCUAGUACAAGUUCUGAAAGUGAAGAUGAUUAUACAACUCCAUUAACAAAUUUACGUGCUGAAGAAUUAAAAAAAAAAUUAAAAGAAGCUAAAAAACGUAAAAAAGAAAAGAAAAAAAAGAAAAAAUCAAAAUCGAAAUCAAAGAGUAGAAAAAGACAUGCAUCAUCAAGUGAUGAAGAUGAUGAUGAUGAUAGUGAUUCAAGUACUGAUUCUGAAGAUGAUAAUGAUAAUUCACAUAUAGAAAAAUCAAAAAAAAGAAAAAAAGAUAAAAAAUAUAAGAAAAAAAAAUCUAAAAGUAAAAAAAAAAAAAAAGAUAAAAAAUCUACAUCAGACGAUUCAUUAUCUGAUCAUUAA